AUGUCCGACCUCGACCGCACACCCCCCUCGACAGCCGCCUACGUGGUCGCGACGGCCAUCCUAGCCGGCAUAACGGGCUACUUCAUCGGCCAAGGCAGCACCCUAGGUCUCUUCAGCAACAAAGAAAAAGAAGGCUGGCCGAACAGCUACAAUGUGAAACCGCACCUAGACUCGUCGGACGAAGACUACGAAUCCGAAGAGGAAGAAGAGGACAGUGAAGAAGAAGGCGACGGCACUGAGCUCGCCAACUUCGAUAGCUCCAAUGAAGAAGUGAAAUUGGUUCUUGUCGUGCGGACGGAUCUGGGUAUGACGAAGGCGCAUGCUGAUAGUUCUGAUGUUGCAGGUAAAAUCGCCGCCCAAUGCUCCCACGCUACACUCGCAUGCUACAAAUACCUCACGGCGUACACGCCUAACAGCGGCAUCCUGCGACGAUGGGAAUCGCAGGGUCAGGCGAAGAUCGCGCUGCAGGUCAAGUCGGAGGAGGAGAUGGAGGAGAUGCAGGCCAAGGCGAUUAGUUUGGGACUUUGCGCCAGGGUGAUUACGGAUGCUGGACGGACGCAGAUUGCUAGUGGGAGUCGCACGGUGUUGGGGGUUUUGGGACCCAAGAGUGUGGUGGAUUCUGUGACGGGACAUUUGAAGUUGUUGUAG